GUCGUGGACGCCUUCUGCUGACUGAAGCAAAUUAUGGCUGAGAUUCAUCUCGAGCUACUCCUUAAGCUGGCUUUCCUUGCCUUGCUGUUUGGAAUUCCUCUGGCUUUAGGAGAUUGCAUUGGUUCAGAUCUUGGAAUGGCAGAUGGACAAAUUACAGACAGUAAAAUAACUGCUUCUUCAGUACAAAGUGCUGGCAAACCAGCAAAGAAUGGUCGACUGAACUACACAUCAGGAUCAUCAUGGUGUGCAGGAACAAGUGACACCAACCCAUAUCUACAGAUUGAUCUACAGACACUUCAUAUCAUCUGUGCUGUGUCCACUCAAGGGAAUUCUCAAGCAGAUCAGUGGGUAAAGACCUACAAACUACAGUUAUCCACAGAUGGGACAACUUGGACAGACUACAAGGAAGGUGGACAAAUUAAGGUUCUAGAUGGAAAUCUUGACCGAAACUCAGAGGUUAAACAUGCUGUUUAUGGAGUGUUGACAAAAUAUCUCCGAUUUCGGCCUCAAACUCACCAGGGUGGGGUGUGUAUGAGAACAGAGGUGUUUGGAGUGACUCAAAAGCCAAUGUGUUAUACCCAGGCCAUUGGUGUAGCCAGGACUGGUACCAUUCCAGACAGCAGCUUCUCCGCCUCGUCAAGGUUUAAUUCAGUAUAUGCAGCAAAAUAUGGUCGCUUAAAUGGGGUAAAGUCAUGGGCACCUCGUGGCAACAGUAAUGCUAAUGAUUACCUUCAAAUUGACCUGCUGUUUGAGUAUGUCAUCUGUGCUGUAGCUACACAGGGAAAUCGAAGGGCCAAUGAGUGGACAACAAAAUACAAGUUAAGAUUAUCCCUUGAUAAUGCAAAUUUUGUCACCUAUCGAGAAAACAGUGCUGACAAGGUCUUUGAUGGAAAUAAAGGAAGAAAUGACAUUGUAAAGCGAAGUCUCAAUAAAUAUGCAAAUGCAAGGUAUAUCCGCUUCCAGCCAACAGCCUAUUCAGGAUAUAAGGGUUUACGAGUAGAAGUAUAUGGAAUUCGUGUGAUCAGAGUUCCAUCACAAGCCCCAAGUAGUUUCACUUUGACUGCAAGCUCUUCUACAAGCAUUACAGCAUCGUGGCAGUUACCAUCAGGAAUUGCUAGACAAGGAAAGAUAAGAGGGUUUAAGCUGUUCUUCAGAAAGAAAGGUUCUGCAGGGUCAGUAACCACUUUGACAAUCAACAGUGGAGCAACACUGAGUAGCAUUGUCACUGGACUUGAUGAGUACACAGAGUAUGAAUUUCAAGUGUUGGCCUUCACUUCAGCAGGGGAUGGACCAAAGAGUUCUCUCAAGGUGCAGAGAACAAUGGAAGAUGCUCCAUCACAACCUCCCAGCAAUUUCAUUGUGACUGCAAUUACUUCUACAAUCAUGAGAGCUUCCUGGCAGUUACCACCAGUAGGCUCCAGAAAUGGAAUCAUAACAGGAUUUAAAUUGUUUUUCAAAAGGAAAAGUUCUCUAGGUGCAGCAACUGUAACAACUAUCAAUAGUGGGUCAGCUAAUACUAAAGAUGUUACAGGGCUUGUGAAGUACACAGAAUAUGAAUUUCAGAUGUUGGCCUACACUUCAGCUGGAGAUGGACCAAAGAGUUCUUCCCUGGUGGAGAGAACUUUAAAAGAAGGAGAUUGUGUUGAACUAGAUCUUGGAAUGGAAGGUGCAAAAAUUCAAGACAAUAAAAUAACUGCUUCCUCUGAACAGAGUGCCAACACACCAGCCAAGAAUGGUCGACUGAACUACGCAUCAGGAUCAUCCUGGUGUGCAGGAACGAGUGACACUAACCCACAUCUGCAGAUUGAUCUACAGACUCUUCAUAUCAUCUGUGCUGUGUCUACUCAAGGGAAUUCUAAAGCAGAUCAGUGGGUGAAGACCUACAAACUACAAUUAUCCACAGAUGGGACAACUUGGACAGACUACAAGGAAGGUGGACAAGUUAAGGUUUUAGAUGGAAAUGUUAAUAGAAAUUCAGUGGUUAAACAUACUGUCUAUAGAGUCUUAACAAGGUAUCUGCGAUUCCUGCCACAAACACACCAGGGUGGAGUGUGUAUGAGAACAGAGGUAUUUGGGGUGACACAAAAGCCAAGAUGUUCUAUGCAGGCCAUUGGUGUAGCCAGGACUGGUACCAUUCCAGACAGCAGCUUCUCCUCCUCGUCAAGGUUUAAUUCAGUAUAUGCAGCUAAAUAUGGUCGCUUAACUGGAGCAAGGUCAUGGGCACCUAAUGGCAACAAUAAUGCUAAUGAUUACCUUCAAAUUGACCUGCUGUUUGAGUAUGUCAUCUGUGCUGUAGCUACACAAGGAAAUCCAAGAGCCAAUGAGUGGACAACGAAGUACAAGUUACAGUCAUCACUUAAAGAUACCAACUUUCUCACCUAUCAGGAAAACAGUGUUGAUAAGGUCUUCAAUGGAAAUUCUGGAAAAAAUGACAUUGUAAAACAGAGUCUCAAUGAAUUUGUUAGUGCAAAGUAUAUCCGCUUCCAGCCAACAGCUUUUUCAGGAUAUAAGGGUUUGAGAGUGGAAGUGUAUGGAGUACGAGUAGCUCAAGUUCCAUCACAACCCCCUGGUAACUUUGCAGUGAUUGCAAAGUCCUCAACUAGCAUUACAGCAUCGUGGCAGUUACCACCUAAAUAUGCCAGACAUGGAAUCAUUACAGGAUUUAAAUUGUUUUACAAAGAAAGAGGCUCCCAAGCAUCAGCAACCCACUUGACUAUUAGAAAUGGAGCUACACUGAGUAGGGUUGUCACGGGGCUUGAAAAAUACACAUUUUAUGAAUUCAACGUGUUAGCCUUCACCUCUCAUGGGGAUGGACCAAAGAGUUCCUCUGAGGUGAAAAGAACAAUGGAAGAUGUUCCAUCACAAGCACCUGGUAACUUCAGUGUAACUGCUAUUAGUUCAAGCAUUAUUACAACAUCAUGGCAGUUACCACCAGCUAACUCCAGACAUGGAAUCAUCACAGGAUUUAAGUUGUUCUACAAGAAGAAAUCGUUCUCAGGGUUGGCAACCAUGUUCACUGUGAAUGAUGGUUCACUUCGUAACAAAACUGUGACUGGAUUGGACAAGUACACAGAGUAUGAAUUUCAAGUGUUGGCCUUCACUUCUGUUGGUGAUGGACCAAAUAGUUCUGUUGAGGUGACAAGAACAAAGGAGGAUGUUCCUUCCCAGCCUCCACGUAAUUUCACAGUGACCUCAUGGUCUUCCUCCAGUGUUGACGCAACAUGGACAUCACCACCAGCAAACUCCAUACAUGGAUUAAUCAGAGGAUUUAAAUUGUUUUACAAAAAGAAAACCUCUGCCACCUCAGCAACAUCUUUAACUAUCAACAGUGGAGCGAGCCCUUCUAUACAUUUUUAUCUCGCCGGACUUGAGAAGUACACAGAAUAUGAAUUUCAAGUGUUGGCCUUCAAUUCAGCUGGUGAUGGACUAAAAAGUUCCGUUAAGGUUGAGAGAACGAUGGAGGAUGCUCCUUCGAGUGCCCCAACUAACUUCACCGUGACUGCAAGCUCUCCUAAUGUUAUUACAGCAUCCUGGCAGUUCCCACCAGCAGACUCUAGAAAUGGAAUAAUCACUGGAUAUAAAUUGUUCCACAAAAGAAAGAACUCGGGAGCACCAGCAGACAUAAUAACUAUAAACAGUGGAGCAACUCAUACAACAAAUGUCAGUGGGCUUAUCAAGUACACAGAGUAUGAAUUUCAAGUACUGGCUUUCACUUCUGUUGGUGAUGGACCUAAAAGUUCUGUUAAGGUUAUGAGAACAGUGGGAGAUGUUCCUACGACAGCACCUUCCAACUUCGUUGUUACUGCAAGCUCUUCUACCAGUAUAACAGCAUCCUGGAAUUUACCACCAGCAGGCUCCAGACAUGGAUUAAUCACAGGAUUUAAACUGUUUUACAAAGAGAGAGGCUCUUCAGGGUCAGCAACCCACAUGUCCAUUAACAGUGGAGCAACAUUUAGUAAAAUCGUUACUGGGCUUGAUAAGUACACAGAAUAUGAAUUUCAAGUGUUGGCCUUUACUUCUGUUGGCGAUGGACCAAAAAGUUCUGUUAAGGUUGAGAGAACAAUGGAAGAUGCUCCUUCAAAGCCCCCAAGUAGCUUUACUGUGACAGCAAGCUCUUCAACCAGUAUUAGAGCUUCUUGGCAGUUACCACCAGCCGACUCCAGAUAUGGAAUUAUCACAGGAUUUAAAUUGUACUAUAAAAAGAAAGGUUCUCUAGGUUUAGCUGCCAUGGUAACUAUUAACAAUGAAACAAUCCGUGUUGAAGAUGUGUUUGGGCUUGAAAAGUACACUGAAUACGAAUUUCAAGUGUUAGCCUUCACUUCCGCUGGUGAUGGACCUAAGAGCUCUGUUCUUGUGGAAAGAACGAAUGAAGAUGCUCCUUCCAAAGCACCUUUGAACUUAAGCGUUAUUGCAACCUCAUCCACGAGUGUUAUAGCAUCCUGGCAGUUACCACCAGCAGACUCUAGGCAUGGAAUCAUCACAGGAUAUAAAUUGUUUUACAAAAUUAGGGGUUCUAUCGGGGCAUCAACUAUUUUGUCCAUUAGUAGCGUUUACAGUGGAGCAAAACAGAGAAGAACCAUAAAAGGACUUGCGAAAUACACGGAAUAUGAAUUUCAAGUGUUGGCCUUUACUUCAACUGGUGAUGGACCAAAGAGUUCAUUUGAAGUGGGGAGAACACUAGAAGAUGUGCCAUCACAGGCUCCAAGUAACUUCACUGUUGUUGUAAGUAGCUCCAUCAGUGUUACAGCAUCUUGGAAGUUACCACCAAAGAGUUCAAGAAAUGGGAUCAUCACGGGAUUUAAAUUGUUCUACAAAGAGAAGUCUUUGUCAGGGUUGGCAACCACGUUAAGGAUAAACGAUGGAGCUAGUCGCAACAAAACUGUCACUGGAUUAGAUAAGUACACAGAAUAUGAAUUUCAAGUUUUGGCCUUCACUUCUGUUGGUGAUGGCCCAAACAGUUCUGUAAAGACGGGGAGAACAAUGGAAGAUGUUCCUUCAAAAACACCACUGAACUUCACUGUGGCUGCAAACUCUUCAACCACUAUCAUGGCAUCUUGGCAAUUACCACCAGCAAACUCCAGAAAUGGAAUAAUUAAAGGAUUUAAAUUGUUUUACCAGAAAAAAAGUUCUGCGGGGUCAGCAACUAGCUUGACCAUUGACAGUAGAUCGACAUUGAAGAUAUUUUUCACUGGGCUUGAUAAAUACACAGAAUAUGAGUUUCAAGUGUUGGCCUUUACAUCUGCUGGUGAUGGACCAAAAAGUUCGGUUACAGUGGAGAGAACAAUGGAAGAUGUUCCAUCAAAGGCUCCAAGAAACUUCACCAUAAUCGUAUUGAGUUCUACCAGUAUUACAGCCUCUUGGCAAUUACCGCCUGCAGACUCUAGGAAUGGAAUCAUCACAGGAUUUAAAUUGUUUUACAAAAAGAGAGGCUUUAUAAUGUUUCCAUCUACAAUAACUAUUACAAAUGAAACAACCCGCUCCAGGAAUAUCGGUGGGCUUGAAAAGUACACAGAAUAUGAAUUUCAAGUGCUGGCCUUCACUUCGGUUGGGGAUGGAGAAAACAGUUCUGUUGUAGUGGAGAGAACAAAUGAAGAUGUCCCUUCCUAUGCCCCAGUUAACUUUACUUUAGCCCCGAGAGAUUCUACCAGUAUUACAGCAUUGUGGCAGUUACCACCGCCAGGCUCCAGACAUGGAAUCAUCUUAGGAUUUAAAUUGUUCUACAGAAAGACAGGAUCUCUCAGGUUACAAACAGUGCUAUCUAUUAGAAAUGGAACAACUCGCACUGUACCUGUCACUGGGCUUGAUAAGAACACGGAAUAUGAAUUUCAAGUGUUGGCCUUCACUUCAGUUGGUGAUGGACCAAAGAGUUCUGUUGAAGUAGAGAGGACUAAAGAGGAUGUUCCAUCCACAGCACCAAGCAAUCUCACCGUGAUUGUCAACAAUUCCACCACUGUAACAGCAUCCUGGAGACUGCCACCAGAAAUUGCUAGAAAUGGAAUCAUCAGAGGAUUUAGAUUGUUAUACAAAAAGAAGGACUCUGGAGGGUUGCCAGCAAUUUUGAAUAUUAGCAACGGAACAAUUCACAGUCAAGUCGUAACUGGGCUUGAUAAGUACUCUGAAUAUGAAUUUCAAGUAGUGGCUUUCACAUCUGUUGGUGAUGGACCCAAAAGUUCUGUUGUGGUCAAAAGAACAAAGGAAGAUGUUCCAUCACAAGCCCCGGCUAACUUAACUCUUACUUCAAGUAGUUCUACCAGCAUUACAGCAUCCUGGCAGUUACCAUCAGUAAACUUCAGAAAUGGAAUAAUCAGAGGAUUUAAAUUGUUUUACAAGAUGAAAUAUUUUCCUGGAAAACAAGCCGUGUUAACUAUUUUAAAUGGUACAAGUCUUUCUAAAGAGUUCAUAGGGCUUGCUAAAUACACAGAGUACGAGGCUCGCAUCUUGGCUUUUACUUCUGUUGGUGAUGGACCAAAGAGUGAGGUCAAGUUGGUGAAAACAAACGAGGAUGUCCCUUCCGAAGCUCCUGGCAACUUCAGUUUGACUCCAACUAGUUCUACGAGUAUUACAGCAUUCUGGCAGUUACCACCGGCGGACUCUAGAAAUGGGAUCGUCAGAGGAUUUAGAUUGUUUUACAAAAAGAAAGACUCGGUGGGAUUGCAAACAUUAGUAUCUGUUGAAAACGGGACAACACGCAAUAAACUUGUCACUGGGCUUGAUAAGUACACGGUUUAUGAAUUUCAAGUGUUGGCCUUCACUUCCGUUGGCGAUGGCAUGAACAGCUCUAUUGUGGAGGAAAGAACAAAAGAAGAUGUCCCCUCCAUAGCCCCAAGCAACCUUACUGUGACAGUGAUAAAUUCUAGCAGUGUAACAGCAUACUGGCAACUUCAACCAGAAAUUUCCAGCAAUGGAAUCAUCAGAGGGUUUAAAUUAUUCUACAGAAAAAACAGCUCUGUAGGGUUGCCGUCCAUUCUGACCAUUAAAAACGGAACAAUUCACAGUCAAGAUAUCACUGGGCUUGAUAAGUACACAAAGUAUGAAUUUCAAGUGUUGGCCUUCACUUCUGUUGGUGAUGGACCGAAAAGUGCUGUUUUGGUUGAGAGAACGAGGGAAGAUGUUCCCUCGCAAGCCCCCGCUAACUUUACCGUGACUUCAACUUCUUCUACUAGUAUUACAGCAGCCUGGCUGUUACCACCGAUGGACUCCAGGAAUGGAAUUAUCACAGGAUUUAAGCUGUUUUACUGGAAGAAAGGCUCUGCGGGGAAAGAGACUAAGCAAAUUGUUGAAAAUGGUACUAGUCGUUCGAAUACAUUGACAGGGCUAGAUAAAUACACAGAGUAUGAGUUCGAGUUAUUGGCUUUCACUUCUGUUGGUGAUGGACCAAAGUCGUUAGUCAAGGUUGCGAGGACAAAUGAAGAUGUUCCGUCGAGAGCUCCGGGCAACUUCACUCUAACUCCAGCUAGUUCUACGAGCAUGAGAGCAUCGUGGGAGUUACCACCAGAACAGUCUAGACAUGGAAUCAUUACAGGAUUCAAAUUGUUCUACAAACUGAAAGACUCUGCAGGAUUGCAAACUUUAGUAACGAUUACAAAUGGAACUGAUCGUAGUAAAGUUGUCGCAGGGCUUGAUAAGUACACAGAAUAUGAAUUUCGAGUGUUGGCCUUCAAUUCUGUGGGCGAUGGACCAAAGAGCUCCGUUCUUAUCGAGAGAACAAAUGAAGAUGUUCCAUAUACAGCACCUCGCAACCUCACUGUGAUUGCAAGUAAUUCUACCAGUGUAACAGCAUCUUGGCAGCUCCCGCCAGAAAUCGGCAGAAAUGGUGUCAUCAGAGGACUAAAAGUGAUGUACAGAAAAAUAAGCUCUGCAGCGUUGCUUAGAAUUUUGACCAUUAAUAACGGAACAAUUGAAACUGAAGAUGUCACUGGGCUUGAUAAGUACACACAGUAUGAAUUUCAGGUGUUGGCUUUCACUUCAGUUGGUGAUGGACCAAGAAGUUCUGUUGUAGUUGAGAGAACAAAAGAAGAUGUUCCCUCGCAAGCUCCUGCUAACUUUACUGUGACUUCAAGCAAUUCUACCAGUAUCGCAGUAUUUUGGCAGUUACCACCAGCUGACUCCAGAAAUGGAAUAAUAUCAGGAUACAAAUUGUUCUUCAAAAAGAAGGGUUCUGCUGAAAGAUCUACUUCGUUGACUAUUUCAAAUGGGACAACUCGCUAUAAAAAGUUGACAGGGCUAGAUAAAUACACAGAGUACGCGUUUCAGUUAUUGGCUUUCACAGCUGUUGGUGAUGGACCAAAGAGUUCAAUAAAGUUUGGCGAAACGAACGAAGAUGCCCCAUCAAAACCUCCGAGUAACUUUACAGUGAAGACAAUCUCAUCUACCAGUAUUGCAGCAUCCUGGCAAUUACCACCAGUAGACUCCAGACAUGGAAUUAUCAUUGGUUUUAAAUUGUACUACAAAAAGAGAGGCAUUCCAAGAUUAGAAACAUCAAUAACAAUUAAAAAUGGAAUGGUUCGUAGCAAACCUGUGACAGGGCUUGCUAAAUUCACAGAAUAUGAACUCCAAGUGUUGGCCUUCACGUCUGUUGGCGACGGACCAAAGAGUUCUAUAAGGGUCGAACGAACAAAGGAGGAUGCACCAUCACAGGCCCCUAGCAACUUCUCCUUAAUUGUGCGUAGCUCCACCGCUAUAACCGUAUCAUGGCAGUUACCACCGGCAGACUCCAGAAAUGGAUUUAUCACAGGAUUCAAAAUUUUUUACAAAAAGAAAAGCUCAGCAACAUUGCCAGCCUCAAUAACUGUGAGGAAUGGUACAACGGAAAGUGAUGACGUCAUUGGGCUUGAAAAGUAUACAGAAUAUGAAUUUCAAGUGUUGGCCUUUACUUCCGUUGGUGAUGGACCAAAGAGUAACGUUAGGAUUAAGAGGACAAAAGAAGAUGUUCCAUCAAAAUCUCCAAGCAAUUUCACUGUGGCCGCAAGUUCCUCAUCCAGUAUUACAGCAUCAUGGCAGUUACCACCCAAGGACUCUAGAAAUGGAAUUGUCAGAGGAUUCAAAUUGUAUUACAAAAAGAGAGGCUACACGGGGCUACCUAACACUUUAAUCAUUAGGAAUGAGACGAUUUGUACUAAAGCUGUUAUUGGACUAGAAAAAUACACAGAAUAUGAAUUCCAAGUUUUGGCCUUCACUUCUAUUGGUGAUGGACCUAACAGUUCUGCUGAAGUUGCAACAACAAAGGAAGAUGCUCCUUCUAAAGCUCCAACUAACUUCUCUGUGACGGCGAGCAACUCUACCAGUAUCACAGCAUAUUGGCAGUUACCACCAGCAGACUCCAGAAAUGGAAUCAUAACAGGGUUUAAAUUGUUUUUCAAAAAGAGAGGCUCUGCAGGAUUACCGGUGGCUUUAACUAUAAGCAACGGACAAAUUAAUUUUAAACGUGUUAACGGCCUUGAUAAAUACUCGGAGUAUGAAUGUCAAGUCUUGGCCUUCACUACUAUUGGUGAUGGACCGAGGAGUGCUGUCGUUGUCGAGUCAACAAUGGAAGAUGUUCCAUCGCAACCUCCAAGAAAUUUCAGCGUGACCGCAAACUCGUCCACUAGUGUUACAGCAUCCUGGCAGUUACCAUCUGUUGAAUCCAGACAUGGAGUCAUUAUUGGAUUUAAAUUAUCCUACAAAAAGAAAGAUUCUGUCGCAACACCAAACAUUCUGAAUAUCACAAAUGGAUCCGUCGAGAGCAAAGAGAUCACUGGGCUCGAUAAAUACACAGAAUAUGAAUUUCAAGUGUUGGCCUUCACUUCUGUUGGUGAUGGGCCAAAAAGCCCUGUUCUUGAUAGGAGAACAGAGGAAGAUGUUCCUUCAGAAUCCCCGGAUAACUUCACUGUAGUAGUGAGCUCUUCCACUAGUAUUACAGCCUCUUGGCAGUUACCGCCCACUGACGCUAGGAAUGGAAUCAUCACAGGAUUCAAACUUUUCUUUAAAAAGAAAGAACUCAUAGAUCCACCAAUUGUUUUAAUUAUAAACAAUAGAACAAGUCGCCAUCAAAGAUUCACAGGGCUGGAUGAGUACACAGAAUAUAAAUUUCAAAUUUUGGCGUUCACAUCUGUUGGUGAUGGACCGAACAGUUCUGUACAAGUGAAAAGGACUCUAGAAGAUGUUCCUUCGGGGUCUCCCACUAACUUCACGGUGACAGCAAGCUCUUCUACCAGUAUCACGGCAUCUUGGCAGUUACCACCAGCAGACUCCAGAAAUGGAAUCAUGGUAGGAUUCAAAUUGUUUUACAAAAGAAAAAGCCCUGGGGAAGCAGCAACCAUGGUAAUUAUCAACAACGGAACAGCCAGCACUAAAGAUGUUACAGUGCUUGCUAAGUACACAGAAUAUGAAUUUCAAAUUUUGGUCUUCACUUCUGUUGGCGACGGCCCAAACAGUUCUGUUAAGAUUGAACGAACAAGAGAAGAUGUUCCAUCGAAAGCUCCGAGCAAUUUCACUGUGACUGCUAGCUCUUCUACCAAUAUUACUACAUCCUGGCAGUUACCACCAGAGGACGCCAGAAAUGGAAUUGUCCGGGGAUUUAAAUUGUACUACAAAAAGAGAGGCUCCAUCGGGUUCCCAAUUACUUUAAUUAUUAGAAAUCAGACGAUUCGCACUAAAGAUGUCAUUGGAUUAGACAAAUACACAGAAUAUGAAUUUCAGGUGUUGGCCUUCACUUCUGUUGGCGAUGGACCAAAGAGUUCUACCGAAGUCGCAAGAACAAAGGCAGACGUGCCUUCGAGAGCUCCGCGUAACUUCUCUUUGAAGGCCAGUAAUUCUACCAGUAUCACAGCAUACUGGCAGUUACCACCAGCAGACUCCAGAAAUGGAAUCAUCACAGGAUUUAAAUUGUUCUUCAAAAAGCAAGGCUCUGCAGGAUUACUGGCAGCUUUAGCUUUAAGCAAUGGACAAAUUCGUUUUAAACGUGUGACUGGGCUUGAUAAAUACUCUUGGUACGAAUUCCAAGUGUUGGCCUUCACUUCUGUUGGUGACGGACCAAGGAGUUCUGUUGUUGUGGAGAGAACUACGGAAGAUGCUCCGUCCCAAUCUCCAAGGAACUUAAGCUUGACCCCAAGCUCUUCCACGAGUGUUACAGCAUCCUGGCAGUUACCAUCUGUUGAAUCCAGGCAUGGAGUUUUAAUAGGGUUUAAAUUAUCGUACAAAGAGAAAGUUUCUCCGGCAACACAAGUUAUUCUGAAUAUCACAAAUGGAACAGUUGAGACAAAAGACAUCAGUGGGCUCAAAAAGUACACAGAAUAUGAAUUUCAAGUGUUGGCGUUUACUUCUGCUGGGGAUGGACCAAAAAGCUCUGUCGUUGUUGUGAGAACAAAUGAAGACGUUCCUUCAAGGUCCCCGGAUAACUUCACUUUAGUAGUGCGCUCAUCCACUGGUAUAACUGCGUCUUGGCAACUACCACCAGUUCACGCCAGGAAUGGAAUCAUCAGAGGAUUCAAAUUGUUCUACAAAAAGAAAGGCUUCAUAGAUCCACCAAUUACUUUAACUAUUAGGAAUAGCACAAGUCGCUAUGCACUGGUCACUGGGCUAAAUGUGUACACAGAAUAUGAAUUCCAAAUAUUGGCGUUCACAUCUGUUGGUGAUGGACUGAACAGUUCUCUGGAGGUGAAAAGGACAGCGGAAGAGGUUCCUUCCAAAGCUACAGAAAAUUUUACCGUGACUGAAUGUAGUUCUACAAGUAUUACAGCUUAUUGGCAGCUACCACCAGCAGACUCCAGAAAAGGGAUCAUCGCAGGAUUUAAAUUGUUUUACAAAAGAAAGGAUUCUGUAGCUUCACCAACAAUGAUAAUUCUUAACAAUGGAAAGAUCCACGCUAAGAAUGUCACUGAGCUUGAUGAGUACACAGAAUAUGAAUUUCAAGUGUUGGCCUUCACUUCAGUUGGUGACGGACCAAAGAGCUCUCUUGAAUUGGCAAAGACAGCGGAAGAUGUUCCCUCGAACGCUCCAAUUAACUUUACUCUGGCUGCAAACUCUUCAACCAGUAUCACAGCGCGCUGGCAGUUACCACCAGUUGAUUCCAGAAAUGGAAUCAUUACAGGAUUUAAAUUAUUUUACAAAAAGAGAAACACCACCUUGGAACCGACUAGCUUUACCAUUCAUAACAGAACAACUAAUACCAAAGUUGUCGCUAAACUCGACGAGGACACAGAAUAUGAAUUUCAAGUGUUAGCCUUCACAUCUGUUGGUGAUGGACUUAAAAGUUCGGUAGAAGUUGAAAGAACGAGGGAAGAUGUUCCUACGGGAUCUCCCAGGAACUUCACCUUGACUGCAAGCUCCUCCACCAGUAUAAUGGCAUCAUGGAAGUUACCACCAGUAGACCUCAGAAAUGGAAUCAUCAAAGGAUUUAAAUUGUUUUACAUAAGAAAAAGCUCUAGAGAACCAGCAACCAUCAUAAUUACCAACAAUGGAACAAUCAAUGCUAAAGAUGUUACAGGACUUGAUAAGUACACAGAAUAUGAAUUUCAAGUGUUGGCCUUCACCUUUGUUGGUGAUGGACCAAACAGCUCCGUGGAGAUUAUUAGAACAAAAGAAGAUGUGCCUUCAAAACCUCCACGUAAUUUUUCUGUGACUGCAAGCUCCUCUACCAGUGUUAAAGCAUCCUGGCAGUUACCACCAGCAAAGUUCAGAAAUGGAAUCAUAACAGGACAUAAAUUGUUGUACAAGAAGAAGGAUUCUGCUUCUUCAGUAACCAUGAGAAUUAUUUAUAAUGCAUCAAUCCAUACUAUCCAUACUGAGGAUAUCACUGGGCUUGAUAAAUACACAGAAUAUGAAUUUCAAGCGUUGGCCUUCACUUCUGUUGGUGACGGACCAAAGACUUCCCUUCAUGUGGAGAGAACAAAGGAAGAUGUUCCUUCCAAAGCUCCGGCUAACUUAUCUGUGACGUCAAAUUCUCCUACCAGUAUUACAAUAUCCUGGCAGCCUCCACCUAAAAAAGAAAGACAUGGAAUUAUCAAAGGAUUUAAGUUGUAUUACAGGGAGAGAAGCUCUGAAGGAACCACAACCAUCGUAACUAUUAACAGUGAAGUAACAUUAAGUAAAGUUGUCAAUGGGCUUUUUAAGUACACAGAAUAUGAAUUUCAAGUCUCGGCCUUUACUUCUGUUGGUGAUGGACCAAAGAGCGUUGUUAAGAUCGAGAGAACAAAGGAAGAUGCACCGAGCUCUCCUCUAUCGUUUUCCUAUAAGGAACUAGCCCCGAAUAAUUUUCAUGGUCCAAGAAUAAACUUGACUUGGAGCAGACCUGCGGAAUCUAAUGGAAUCAUCAGGAAUUACAUUGUGUUUUAUGCAAACCAAGAAGGUGAGACGAAGCAAAGCGUUGGAGGAGACACGUUCAGUUACUUGGUAGAUGUCCUGGGUGGAGUUACUUAUCAUUUCUAUAUCGGAGCUGUAACUGUCAAACCUGGACAGAAUGCGUCAUUGUCUGUGAAAACCAAUGAGUACGAGCCUAGUCAUGGACCAGAAAAUGUAUCGUCUAUCGAAGUUGAUUACACAAAAUAUCAGAUAACCUGGAAUAGUCUGACAAGACAGGUCGCCAAUGGGUUCGUCAAAAUGUAUCAAGUGAGACUUGACUUAAAAGAAAGUUGCACUUCGUUUCACACUUCAUUUAAUUCAACCUUCAACACAUCCAAAACAGAGAUACUGUUGUCCAGUCUCUCAAUGUGCACAAGAUAUGAAGUGUCAGUUAGAGCCUUCACUGAGGCUGGGCCUGGACCCUACAGCCAGUCUUUAGCGAUCCAGACGUUGGGUACAAUUUGGUCUCUUGAGAAGCCCUCUCCGCCAGCAUUUUCUUCGAAUUUUAGUGACGGAGGAAUCAAAGCAAAAAUUACACUCCCAAAUUUCCCAGGAAGUGCAAAAUUUUUUCAAGUCAUCGUCAUAACAUAUUGGUCAAACUACGAUGGUGUCGUAAACCUACCAUCAGAUUUUACAACACAAGAGCUGAUGACUUAUGAAGAAGCUCACAAAUCUCUACUGCCUGCAGCUUAUGUCACUUUCCAGUUUGGAGGAAAUGAUUUUUACAAACACCAAGAAUUUACUGUAGGAGAUGGAGUCCAAUCAAGCAAUAAAAUAAGAAGCAAGAGAAGUAAUGGCGAAGAGUAUUAUUACAACAAACCAUUGCACCCGAAUACGAACUACAGAGUGUUUCUCAGAGCUUUUGUCUCAGAGACACUGUACACCUCGAGUAGCUUCAUAGUGCUGAAAACCAAAGAUAAACCAGUGGUCAAGGAACUACCAGAAAGGACAACAAUAAUAGUUGGCGAAUUGGCAGAGUUGACAUGUGAGGCCCAUGGAGAUCCAAAACCUUCUGUUACUUGGAGUAAAGACGGAGACACCAGUAUAUCGCGAGCAACGUUUAACAAUGAUGGCCACAUUCUUGUUAUCAGAGACGUGAUAACUCGUGAUAGCGGUCUUUAUGAAUGUACAGCAUCGAACAUGUUUGGAGCGAGCCAUUCAGCAACAACUUUGGUAGUGACUGAAAAACAAAGUAUCUUUCUCAUCGUUGUCAUCGCCUUUUCCUGUGUGGUUUUCGUGUUAUUGGCGAUAAUUUGUGGAAUGGGAUGUAAGUUAAGAAAAGCUAAGCUCAGAUUAAAUGACACAAAGAAGAAGGCAGACAGUACUAUCUUUGACGACAUCGGUCCACUCGACUCUUCGUUUGAUGAGCUUGCGUCUUCUCCAGAAUCGUGUCUUCAACUCAAGCCCAUGUCUUCAGAAGGCCAAUCGCCUGCAUUUCCUGAUCCUCAAGCUUUGCAGUUUGAAAAUAAAGCAUUCGGCCACCAGAAUAUUGGCUUUGCGAAAGAAAGUCAAGGAAAAGAAAUAGGAGAUACUGAAUGUUGAUUUGGUUUUAUACUUCUACAUACUUCCACACUCUUAUCAGUCGAAUGAUAAAUCCGCUAGGGACAUACUUAUUUCUGUCAAAUGAUUGCCAAGUCAAAAAUGAAUACAAGCUUUGGUAAAGCCACCAAUUCUCUAAAAAAAUAUAUUAAAAUACUUUAAUCUUUUUUAGUCCUUAGUUAAAUAUAGAUAUUAGUUGAGAGGGCUACUGUUUACGCUCGCUAGAGGGAGAACUCGAUUUACACUUGGCCUCAGACUGAAUAUUUAGUUUGAAUAUUUGUUGGUCGUAGAGUAUUAACAAGAAAAUUUUUGAAGCCUUAUCAUCCUUUUCUUGAUACCCUUGCAGCAAAUAAGGUAGAUGAUUAUAGAUUAUUUUUGAUAAAUAUUUUUGAGUUAUGAUCAUAUUGGGAUGAAUAGUGUUUGUUGAUUAAGCAAUAGUUAUAAAUCGGAUAGUGUCGUUUUCCCCAUUGUGAUAAACCCUUGUUCCUUGUGCUUCUGAGUUUCAAGCUCUCCUUUCUAAUGAGCAUCUCCUCCUUCGUCCACUGAGUAAAAGAACCGAUCACAGUGGACAGAUGGUCGAGGCAGCUUAAAAGUGUGCGUUCAACAGUGAAAUAGGGUUUUAAAUUCCAUCUUUAUACCAUCAGAUAAAUGCAAUUUAGCUGUUGCAUCACGCAAGGUGUCACACAAUGUUAGCUUGAAUCUUGAGCGUAACAUCUACUUCAAUAAGAUUUGUGAAAAAGACGUCAAAUAAACUUAGUGAGACGGUUUCGGACCCCAUUGAUCACGCGCUCUUCAAAAUCUUUUCUAUCUUUUUUCUUGUCGAAAGCAUCUUUUCCUUAUGGUGAAAAUUAAACAUGUUCAAAGGUCAUACCGGACUAAACAUCCCCCAGGAUCUACUAAAGUAAACGAAAGGCAUCUGAGUUCCAUUGUUAAACAUGUUUCUCUCUCCUGAUGCCUUGAAAUUGUUACAUCCGAAAAGAUCAGAGUGGAAAGUUGUAGGAUUGAUUGUUCUUUCCCCGUGACCCUGUUGUCAAACAGUAAUUUGUAACUCAUGAUUUCAGCUUGAUAGAGCGAUAAAUCAAAUACCCCAAGAGGAGGAAAAUUGUUUCGUGAAAACUGUAACGGUAAGACUCGCUAAUUUUUAAAACUUCCUGGUUCUGGCUAAGCAACGAAGAAAGUAUGGCAAAGAAGUUGUAAGUUUGAGACACUGAUCGAUUUAAAUUAGUAUUGGACAAAUAAAUUCGAUUCUAUCGCUAUCCCCGAGGGGGGAAAGGUAUAAGAGGAGAUUAUAACGUAUAGUAGACAACAAUGAUUAUUCAGUAUGAAAUAUUUUCAUUAUCAAGUACUUGUGUCGCCUUAUAUGGGUAUUUUGUGGUUUUUCUUGCGUUGAUGGUAAUACUUACCGGAAGCGGAAAAACUAUUUCAAAUUUUCGGUUUCUCAUAUAGCUCCUACAAAGCGGAAUUUUGGUUUGUAGCAGCUCACGUCACUAUUAUCCCUAAGAUGAGAUUUGAGGUUAAAAUUUGAUCGAGGAGGUGUCAAAAUGCGACCUCUAUGAGUCAAACUUGUCUACACGCC